CUUAUAAGUUAUAUACAGGCCAAAGUCUUUUGACUCAUCAAACUAUCACACAAGCCACAAAACCAAGAGUCCGUUAUGGAGCCUUCUCCUCCAAAAACUCCAGUGGUUCAUCAAGACCUUCCCAUCACCACCGCCGCAACCACCACAACCGCCGCCACAAACCGAAAGAAACUCACCCUCAUCCCUCUUAUCUUUCUCAUCUACUUCGAAGUCGCCGGUGGCCCUUAUGGGGAAGAGCCUGCAGUCAAAGCCGCCGGACCCCUUUUCGCCAUUCUCGGCUUCCUCAUCUUCCCAUUCAUCUGGAGUGUCCCGGAAGCUCUCAUCACUGCCGAGCUCUCCACCGCCUUCCCAGGAAAUGGUGGUUUUGUCAUCUGGGCAGACCGCGCUUUCGGCCCUUUCUGGGGCUCUUUGAUGGGAACCUGGAAGUUUCUCAGCGGCGUCAUCAACAUCGCAGCAUUUCCGGUUCUUUGCAUUGAUUACAUGGACAAGAUAAUCCCUGCUUUCGAAUCCGGUUGGCCUAGGUAUCUUGCAAUCUCUGUUUCAACUCUGAUUCUUUCUUUCGUAAACUAUACCGGUUUAACUAUUGUUGGAUAUGCUGCUGUUCUUCUCGCUAUCGCUUCGCUUUCACCUUUUAUUUUGAUGUGUUUGAUUGCCAUUCCGAAGAUCCAUCCUCACCGUUGGUUGAGUCUCGGGCAGAAGGGUGUGAAGAAAGAUUGGAACUUGUUCUUCAACACCCUCUUUUGGAAUUUAAAUUUUUGGGACAACGUGAGUACUUUAGCUGGGGAAGUAGAUAACCCCCAGAAAACUUUUCCGGUGGCUCUUUUCGUGGCGGUGAUCUUUACUUGCUUGGCGUACUUGUUCCCACUUUUCGCUGUGAUUGGUUCGGUUAAUGUGGAUCAAACUAGAUGGGGUUCUGGAUUUCAUGCCGAGGCUGCUGAAAUGAUCGCUGGAAAAUGGUUGAAGUAUUGGAUUGAAGUUGGUGCAGUAUUAUCAGGGAUUGGACUUUUCGAAGCACAACUAAGCAGUUGUGGUUACCAACUUCUCGGUAUGGCGGAUAUAGGGUUCUUGCCUAAGUUUUUCGCUCUUCGGUCCAAGAGGUUUAACACCCCGUGGGUCGGAAUUGUACUUUCCACAGUGAUCACUCUUGGAGUUUCCUUCAUGAACUUUACAGAUAUUGUUUCAUCUGCAAAUUUCUUGUAUAGUUUGGGAAUGCUAUUGGAAUUUUCAGCUUUUCUUUGGUUGAGGAGGAAGUCGCCGACAUUGAAGAGGCCUUUUCGUGUUCCGAUGAGGAUGCCUGGUUUGGUGAUCAUGUGCUUGAUUCCAUCUGGGUUUUUGGUCUUUAUCAUGGCUAUUGCUACCAAGACUGUGUACUUGAUCAGCGGUUUGAUGACCGUGGCGGGGAUCGGAUGGUACUUUUUAAUGAAAUUUUGCAAGUCGAAGAAAUUUUGUGUGUUCAGUACCAUGGAAGUUGAAGAAGGAUGACAUCCAGAAAUUGCUUGUUAGACUGUUAGUUGUGAACCAUUUCGAAUGGCAUGGAAUAGGGAAGAUUUUACGUGAUUGAAUCUCUUUCUUGAUGAAGAAGUCGAGAUUUGAUUGAUCAAAGUAGACUUUGUUUAUAUUCAGUUCUAUUCAAGUCGAAGGAAAAUGUCGAAUGACAUGAAGUUGUAUGGUUUUGCUGCUGUAACUUGUUUCGAUCUUAUGAUAUUUUCUCAAGUAAAUUAUAAACAUACAACACUCUGUUCAUGGAA